AUGUCUGUCAUACAUAGGAAUAUCGAGACACUGCAUCUGAGAGAGCCUGCGUUUAUCAAAGCUAGUGCAGAUCUAGUUCUUUACGCUCAACCUAGGAUUGAGCGACUGAGUGAAGCAAAUUUGGAAACGUCUGCAUACCUCUGCUCCAGUCGUCUAGGCAAGCCCACUUCGCGAACAUGCACGGGAAGUAACAUCCCUACUACUACUUACCCAACCCCGUUGAAGAAGGAUGAGCAAAAUUUAAAAGGGAAAUUCGUAAACCACCUUAAAAAGAAUGAGAUAAUAGCCGACAGUAUUGAAGCAGUUAAGACAUUUACAAGAACAAUAGAGCUUGCAACGAAAAAUCACUCAAAAAUUUUCCCCAAGGGCAGGCUUUUACUACAGUCGGUAAGAGCGCAGGCUUGGUCAAAACUGGCUAUGAAAUACUGUGAGAAUGAAGACGCACUUCUACCGAUUCUCUGCAAAAAGAAAGGCUACCUUUCAAGAACAGUGUAUUCUUCAACCAUUUAUUUCUCUAUGAUAAACCAUGGCAAACCAUAA